AUGUUGACGGCGAGAAUGGAGGUUGUGGAAGACCAGAUUUGUAGCAGAGAAGUGGUGGCGGUGGAGAACCGGAUACCGCCCAUCGAGCACGUUUUUCCGGCGAUUAUGGUGGCCGACUAUGAAAGGGGAGGUGGCAGCAUCUGGCGGCGGGCGGCGAUAGUGACUUCCCGGAGAGCAAAAUACGAAAAGGGAAUUUCUUGUUCAAACAAAGAAAUGUCUGCAGAGACUGGCGUAACUUUCCCUUAUUUUCAAAGUUUCUCACCUGAUGUUCAACAAUUCGAUGAUCUCUGUUACUCCCACAAAUCCAACUCGUGCUUGGGGAGUGUGGUUCAGAGCUCCGUUAUAUCAGAUUUCGAUUUUGGGGGUGAAGGGGAUCUUUUCAAAGCACAAGAACCGAUGAUCGAGCAACCAUUGGUUACUGUUGACUCUAUGUCGGCGAUCACUUGUGGAGAAGACGACCUUUCUUCACAAGAACUCAGUGUAACAGAUAUCCAGUCGUUUCAAAACGAUGCAUCUCUGAAUGAAAUUUUCCAUGAAUUCAAAGAAAUAUUGGCAAAAGAAGCAACCGAAACUUCACCGCUUUCAGAGGUCUUGAACUAUAAAUUCCCAGUUAGAACAGACGAAAUCCCGAUUGUGAAAGAAAACGUGCAUCCACCUGGACAGAUCGUGAAAAGUGUGAGCUCAGAUUGUUUAAGCUCGAUGGAAUGGAUUCACCCUGGUGUUUUGAACACUAUGGAAGUGAACUUUGCAAAUGUUUAUGGGAUGCGAAGGGCGUUUAGUGAAGGAGACAUAAAGACUCUUGAUAAUGGCAAUGGAAGCCAUAGACAGCCACAUCUCAUGAGUGAACACACCAUGGGAGACCGUUGGCAGAAGCUCUCAAGAUACAGAAACAAGAAAACAAAGAGGAAUUUCGGUAGAAAAAUCAAGUAUGCAUGCAGAAAGGCAUUGGCAGACAGUCAACCAAGGAUCAGGGGAAGCCAGCCUGGUCAAAGUCAAAGCAGAGAGCAGACGCGAUCGGCGAUUCAGAGCCCUAAUCGGACUAUCGCAGCUGCCCAGCCCCACCAUCGUCGGACCAUCGAAUUAGAAGAGGCGCCACUUCAAGACUCCUAAGAGAGAGCUAAUGAGGUCAAACAGUCUCUAGAUCUUCGAAGAUGAAGACUUUUAACUUCAAAAUCGGAAGAACAACAAUAGAUUGGUGUCUACAUCGAAUCCGUUUUAGAAAGCCUAGUCUUCAACUCAGUUUAGCCAUAUCAAGUUGGAUGUCGCGUAGUUUCCGAUAAGAAUUUAAAUUGCUUCCUAUUUUUGUAUGUGUAAAAAUAUUCCUAUCCAAUAAAAUUAUGGAUAAAAUUAUGAUAAUUCUAUAUUUUUUUAACUAACUCAUUAAGGCUAUAUUAGGAAUAUAUCAAAUAAAAUUAAAUUGAAUGGUGAUUUGUCAUAAUUUUAGUGGGUAGGAAUAAUUAUAGGCAUAAAAGGUAGGAGGUAAUUUAAUUUCUCAUAUGGAAAUAAAAAUUCCCCACUAGCCAUCGUUUGUUUCUCAGGAUACACAACAAAAUACAAUAUCUGAGACCUCUGAAUAUAACUAGACCUUAUUUUACUGUUGUGAGAGAGUUUCGAUGUUGUUGUAGUAGUACGGAUGACAAUAUGAAACAAGCAAAUUUUUAUGGUGUUUUUUUUUGUGUAUGAAUGCCCUUUUUAUAUAUCAAAAACUUUCAAAAAUAACCAUAAUUAUAAUCAAAACUAAAAAUUAACUAUGAUGAUUUAAUUCAAUUUUAGAUUCUUAACUAUAAAACCGAAAACAUUUAAUUACAAUUUUUACACAUAUGUUACGAGAAGAAAAAAACUGUUUGCAAAAUAGAAAUUUCAUGAAAUAACCAAAACUUAAGGGGUGUUUUAAGUAUUUAGCCAC